CUAUUUUUAAACGUUGUGUCGUGUACUUUACACUAACUCAUAUCUGACCGGCCACAAAAAAGUGAACUAGAUCUAUGGAGAAAAAGCUGGACCUUCACUGGAAAGCAAACUGUAAGGAUUAACACGAAUUGACCAACCUAUUAUCCUUAUUACUGAAGACUGAAAUCAGAAAACCUUACCGAACCACUAGUGUAGCGAUCUGCGUAUAGCCAGAGGGUACUUUAUGUAUUAGAGUAGCGUAAAAGAGGAGGGCUGGGAAAGAGAACAAAAGAAAAGUUAUGUUUCGAAUGUGGGUCGCCAAAUCCUCAAUGGGCUAGCGUUACAUAUGGUAUUUGGAUAUGUUUAGAGUGUUCAGGAAAACAUCGUGGAUUGGGGGUUCAUUUGAGUUUUGUUCGCUCAAUUAACAUGGAUAAAUGGAAGGAGUUGGAAUUGGAAAAAAUGAAAGUUGGAGGCAACAGACAUGCUAAGGAGUUUUUCGUUUCACAACCUGAUUACAGACCUCAGUGGAGUUUUCAAGAAAAGUAUAAUAGUAAAGCUGCUGCUUUGUUGAGAGAUAAGAUUGCAACUGAAGCGUCUGGUGAGGAUUGGGACGAAGAAGCCGCUAAUAUACGUAAUAAUAAACCUACCAGUAUAAGUCAUGUAAAAACAACCGGUGAUCUACCAUCUUUAUCCUCAGAUAAACGAAACUUUCAUAAUCAUAAUGAUUAUCAAACCCCUGACUAUUAUCCUGGAUCAAACAAAAUGACCAGUUGCCAUUCAGAUUUGGAAUCCUGGUUAAGGGAUACAAACUUAUCCGAGGAGCAUGAUUCAUCUACAACACUAGCAACGAAGACAACAACAACUUCUGCCAAUGCACGUUAUGAUAAAGUUCCAGAUUGGGCUGAGUAUGUCAAUUUUCAAUCCCUCUCUAAAUUUAUGGAUGAUAAUGGUAAAUAUACGAAUUCUUCGUCUAGGCAUUAUUCAUUAGUACCUGAACGAAAUGAUAAAUACGCAUGGCAGUCAGGUUGGGCAAUGGUUAGUCAAGUGGCCUCAGUAGCUGCUAAAUGUACCAGUCAAUUAGCAUCUCAAGCAACACAAAAAACCAAAGAAUUAACUCAAUCCGUUCAGGAAAAAGUUAAAGAUAGCAAUAUUUUGGAUUCAUUAUCAAAAGGUGUUGAUACUGUCACCUCAAAGUUGCAAACAGUGAAAGCGCAAGGAAUUCGAAGUUUUGAAUCAUAUUGGACCAGCAAUCCUGAAUCAGAUUGUCUACCGGAAAUUUUGACAAAUCAUAUGGGUCUACUCUCUUCAAUAAUCGUGAACAAGAUCGUUCCAGUUCAUGUUUCUUGAUCGACACCUACAACAUGGAACCGAUUCGUUUAAUAGAAGUGAAGGAAAAGGGGCUUCAUUGUCGAAUUCCAAUUGGAAUAACAAUGAAACCUGUGAUUGGGAUUUAAGCAAUGAUCAUGGAUGGGGAUCGAUUGAUGAUGAUGGUUGGUCUACUACAACUGCUGGUGGUGGUAAUUCUAGGACAACACUAACUAAUGAAUCAGUUGUACAACGUGAUUCCAAACUUGAAAACAAUGGUUACAAUCGAAGAAGCCGUAAAAAUUCUUAGAUUCAAUUACUUGAUAAUUUAAAUUCUCCCAAUCUCUUUUUUUGUUGUUGUUGUUUUGUUUGAAAGUAUGAUCAAAGUCAUUUAUCUUAUCUUGUUUGUAUACUGUAACUAUUCAUUUCUUGACUCUUUUGUUUGUUUUUUUUGAUUGAAUAAAAAUUGUUUUUCCCCCUAUUCUUUAUUUAAUUCGAAAUAAUGUGUAAUUUAUUUUCAAUCUGAAGAAAUCUCUUUCAUUUACUAUAUAUAUCUAUCUUGAUUUCGCUAUGUAAUCUUUAUAUAGUAGGAAUUAAAGAUGCACACAUCUAUAAAUUAUAAUCACUUGCAAUGGUAACUAAGCCAAUGAUCUUUCUCUCUUUGAUUUCUUGUCUUUUUUGUUUUAAACCCAUUUGGCGUUUUGUACGAUAUUAGUAUCACUAAUUCAGUAGUAGUACUGUGUUUGGUGUGAGUAAUAUAUAGUGUGAAACGUUUGCACGGUUUAAGUAAAAAUCAUCUUUAUGUGGUUACGUUUUUUUUUACAGACAGAUGUGACUUAUCCAAUAUGUUCGCUUGUUCAAUUUUGUUUGUGUUACUCGGAUUCAAUUACUCAGUAAUUAGGCUUAUAAUUUAUGAAUGGUGAAUUUAAAUGU